AUGGCUCAAGAAAAUUUUUCACAAAGCUCGACCUCUUCUCUUACCUCCAAAAUGGGCAACUUAUCUUUAGUUCCAACUGAAGAAAUAGACACCAUCUCUUCGAUUCAUACAGAACCAUUUGCCGAUGGUAGCACUGAUUAUUUAGAUCCAAGAGUUUUUAAUAAUUUUAGUGAUCAUUCUCUGGCUCCUAUUAUAGAAGAGGAAAAAGUUGAUGAUUUUGAUAAAAUAGAGCCUUCAUGGGAGCUGAAAGAUGAACACCCCGACCAGAAUAAUUUCCAAAAUUUAUGUUACAAUGGGGUAAAUUUUCAUGAGCCUUGAAGAUAUGAAGAAGAACAUUUAAUGGAUGAGGAGCAAUAUGAAUCUACUACAAGUGUCAAUAGCAGUAUUCUCAGCAGCAGUUUAAGCAGUGCUCAAAGCAUGAAUAGUAGCAGGAAUAGGAACUCAAAAGUCACUGAAGGCUCGGUUUCUGGAAUCAAACUAAGUGUUGACAGAGCAAAUUUUUCAACCCGAUACCAUGAUGAUACAAUUUUCUUAAUGAAAUAUUAUAAUAAAGAUAAAACCAAACACCCAAAAAAAGAGUAUAUAAGAGCUCAGCUAAUUCGAGCGCAUAAAAAAGUCCUUACUCCCCCCAUCCUUGAUCAAACAAUUGACUGUAAAAAUUCCUAAAAAUUGGGAAAAUUAACCCCCAUCCUUAAUCGAACGAUUUUCAUAUAAUGCAAAUUUUUUAUAUUUAUAAAAUAUAUUAGUUAUCAAAAGCUUGGGAAAUGUGCCUAAUGAAGUUGCUUUCAGAGGCUUUGAGACGACAGAAGCUACGGAAUCAACUAUCCGAAGUGUUUUAGUCAUCAACUUGGGUUUAAAAAACUCAAUAAUCUAAAAUUAGAGAUUCUUUAAAAUUUAAAAAUUUUUAAUUUAUAAGAAACAAAUUAAAAUUUAUACAGUUUAUAAGGGUAACAAAAAAAUCAAAAUAUUAAAAAUUGGAUUUUUAUGAAAUAAAUUCAAAUUUUUGCUAUAAAAAUAAUUAUUAAAUAUUCUUAACCCCUCUUAUUUAAAAGUAAAUAAAAAAAAAAUAUAUAUAUAUUUUUUAUUUUAUAUAUAAAGUUUUUUUCCAAAAAAAUUUUUUUAACCCCCAUCCUAUCCUUGAUCGAACGAUGGCGAGCCGUUCGAUCAAGGAUUGGGGGGAGUUAGACAAAUUCAAAACAAUCGACCUCUUGCCAAGGUAAUUAAAAAUCUGGACGUUAAAAGCCAGGAAAUUAUCCGGAUAAUCGGAGAAAUAAAGCAGCAUUUUUUCGAUUACUUUGAUGUCUUGAAAGAAGAGUCAAAAACCGAAUCAGGCCCAAAUACAGAUGGUAAAUGCAAAAGAAAUGCAGAGGCUGAGCAUAAGAGUUGGAAUAAUGCGUACGUGAAGUCAUACUUUUCUAAGCCUGCUGUUCAAAAAGCUUAUCUGCUGUUUAUUGAACUCUUUUUCGCAGAGGCAAGCACUGAAACUAUUUGCAAGAGAGCCAAUAUUUACUGCUGUAAGAAAAGCAAGCAUGACGCUGAGUGCCAGAGGGCUUGGGAAGAGAUGAAGCAUUUCUUCACUGACACAAUGCUGUCAAAUGUUGGGGUCAACGUUUGUAAUUUAAAAAUUGACCAUUUCGCGCUAAUAGAAGUAGAGGGAGUGCCUCCUAAGCCUGAAGGAUUUGGUAACAGUGACAUUGCUUCAUUCUUAAAUGAAUAA